UCUUCUCUCUCUCUCUCUCUCUCUCUCUCUCUCUCUCUCUCCAAUUUCUCUUCCUCUCUUUCUGCGGCUCUUUUAUCAGUCUUUCUUCAUCUUCUUCUUCCUCUUCUUAUCUUCAUCUUCCAUCUCCGUCCUUCUUAUCUUCUCUCUUUUUUUUCCUUUUUUUCUGUGUCUCUUUUACCACCUCGAGUAGCAAAGGCGACAGGAAACACGUCGUCAGUGCUAAGGUGAAGGAGGCUAUUUAGUAAUGGACAUUACUAGACAACAAUGGGUGUUACAAUUAACAAAUAGUUUCACAACAAUUAAUAUUAUCGAUACAAAAACAACUUUACCUUUGGUCAGUUUCGUUUUUGUUAACCUUGUGGUCAACUGUUUUUAUCUAUGAUUGACCACAAUUUCUGAUGAAUUAACGUAAAUCAUAAUAGUCAAAUUUUCUAGUGACCUCUAGUUUUCAUCUUCCUUAUCAUCAUCUCACAUAGGAGAAGAGAGAAAGAGAGAGAGAGAUGACAAAAAAUCGAUCAUCAUCUUCAUUCAAUGAGAUGUUAACGUAAUUGUAGCGAGAAAAAAAGUUACAUUUUAGAUUCGAAAAAAAAAUUUUCGAUUCAUUUUCUUUUCACUUUAAUUCCUCAAUUAUUGUCCUAUUAUCUUAUUAUCAGAUCAACAAUCAAUUAAAUUAGUUAAUCAUAAUGAAGAGACACAGUAUUGAUGCUAUACUUGGAAUUCAGCGUAUUGAUACAAUUAAUUCAUUGGCAACAAUUAAACAGCAAUCAAAUAAAAAGGAUAAAAUAUCCUCAUCAUCUUUUACUUUUGGAUUUAAUAAUUCCGGAAGUAACAAUGAGCUCGACAGAAAAGGAGGUGUCUUACUUGUGGUCAACGGUAAUGGUCAAAGUGUCGGAGUUGGAGUUGGUUUAGGUGAAAACAAUCAAUUGACUAAAGCAAUUAACUCAACAAGUUUUAAUCCCAAUCAUCAUCAUCCACUUCGUCAUCAUGUUAAUGGCUACUCUCCUUGUCCAUCACCUCAAUUAUCAUAUAAAGAUGAAGAUAAUUUUGAGGAGGAUAAUAUUCAUCACAAUGACGAUGAAGAUAAUAACGGUCGAUUAGAGGAAAUCGAUGAUGACGACGACGAUACUUGUGCAUCUAUGGACUCGAACUCUGGUUACCCUUCGGGUAACACAAACGUCAACCAUAAUGAACUUUCUGGACCAAAAUCGAAACACCGACGGACCCGGACAACUUUUACAACUUAUCAACUUUACGAACUCGAAAGAGCAUUCGAAAACUCUCAGUACCCUGAUGUUUUUACUCGUGAAGAACUGGCCUGUAAGGUCAGUCUAUCAGAGGCCAGAGUUCAGGUUUGGUUUCAAAAUCGUCGUGCUAAAUGGCGAAGGCAAGAAAAGUUGGAUAAUCCAUCGUCUUCUGGCCUUAAUCAUUCACAAUUAACUGAUUCUUUGGUCUCACCAACAAGCCGAUUAAAUUGUUUACCUUUAACAAUCAACUCAAGCUCAUUGCCAUCAUUGUCCAAUCUAAAUGGAUGUGGAUGCAUCAAUUGUGUAAACUUUAUUUAUAAUCAUUUAAAAAAUCAGAUAAUUAAAACUAAUUGCCACAAUUAGCGAGUUAAACUAAAAUCAAGUUACAAUCAAAUCAAUUAAAAUAUGUUGA